GUUCCACUCGCCAGUGAAUGGUUGUUUUUAACCCUUGUGAAUGAAGUUCUAAUCAGGAUGAACUUGUAAUAAACCUUAAUGUUUCUUGGCCCACUGGGAGACCUUAUGUUCAGCUCACGGCAUGUGUAAUUUUGUGCAAAAUGGCAACGCAAAAAUUGAAAGAAUGUUAUUUUACUCAACAGGCAUUACAUUUGCAGGGGCAUAUCUGCUACCUCAUGAAAGGUACGAAAACAAGUAUGUGAAGUUUUUCAAAAGCAAACCCGACCUGCCACCUGGCCUUAACCCAGACGAAACCGCCAAAAGCAAGCAGCAACAGUCAAAGCACGACGGAGAGCUGGCUGGGUUAUCCAAGUCAGCUAAACGCAACCUCAAGCGCAAAGAGAAGCGCAAACAGCAGCAGGAAAGUGACGGCACCGCCGACGCCGAUGAGCUGAGCCAAACAUUGCAGAAAACCACCAUUGGUGGCGGCGGUGGCAGCAGUCCGAACUCUCAGGCUGUUGCAUUGCAAGGCGAUCACGAUGGAGUAGAGAAGGCAAAGAAGGUAAAAAAUCUUAAAAAGAAACUGCGCCAAAUUGAUGAACUGCAGCAAAAACUAGACUCUGGUGAGAUUAAACAGGCGACGAAAGAGCAGCUGGACAAGCUGAGCCGCCGAAAACUGCUGGUGGAGGAGCUGGAGGGUUUGGAAUUGGGUUUAUAGGAAUAACUGUUGUAUGCUACCAAGAAUACUGGGAGAGUCAUUGUUCCAUACCGACACAAGAUAUCCACACCAAAUAACUACCAGAUAAUACAGGCUCGCAUCUUAAAGAGACCAAGGGUCAUACAAUAAGACAACAUCACCCAUGCUGGUACUCAUGCUGCCUUUCACACUGUUAGUUUUAUUAGAAAUGGAGGGAAUAUUUUUCCAAAAAUAUCAUUCCUAAGUCUUGAUACUGAGGUAUGGAAUAAAUGCUGUUUGGGACUGCAUUGGGUCUUCACUGCCAGACUACGUGACUUCAGAACAUUGUCUGUGUACUGCAUCUGUCGUUGCGUGCUUGAUCUGGACUAGGGGAUUUGCUGUGUCGAAAGGCCUGAUCAUCGUCUCGUCCUUUCAUUAGGAGGAGAAAAAUCCAGUGUUUGCUGCAGCAAAUGUGUUCAAAGCAACUCCUGCCCCCUUUUUGUUGUAUUCAAACUGAGAGACACUUAAUGAGGGGAGUAAGAUGCAUUAUUGAUUGGGAACGUUAAAGUAGAAGUAAUCCUUUCUGGGAUACUGCUGCACUUCUGAUUUUUGUUUAAAAUUGUGCUUGCUCCCAUUGACAACAUGGGAAUAAUUGCUUCUUGUAUGUCUCCCAUCUGGUGAGCAUUUCUCCAAAGGCUUUAAUAAAAAAUCAUUUUUGUGUUGUUCAAAAGUGCUGAAAGAAAAUGAUCAAAGCAUUUUCCUCAUGAAGUGCUGACUGUGCUUUCACUGAUAUAAAAUUAAUGAUGCAAUACUGGUUUGAACUUAGACUUGAAUGGUGCCGUUAACCUGUGUUCAUCUUUGAUUUGUUCACUAUCUUGUUGCCAUCAGUAUAAUUUCAGAGUUGUGCGGCAUUCCCUGUACGUGGACAGCAAGCAUCGCUAUGAAUUAUCGAAAAUUUACCCACAGACCAGCCAUUGUGCUUCAACGUAAUUCAAUCUCCAUGGCAUUCUUUGGGACGUUUUGGAAAUGAGGCGCAAUAUGAAUGCAAUUCUAUCUUGAGCUGUCUAACUACAUUGAAUGCAAAUGUAUAUGGUAUAGGACUGCACACUUGCCAGGUGGCACUAAAAUGGGCAUGUGCAGUUGGGGAAAAGAGGUCCCUUGACCACUGAAAUCAUUGAUUGGAUAUAUAAGAAACAUGACGAUGUCUAUCGCCAACUUUCUCUAUUCAGGUAAUGGAGAUAAUUUCAAGGGUGAAUUGCAGUAUUUUGGAUUCACAUUAGAUUAAAAAUUCCAGUCAACGUGAUGCAUUAACUACAGAUGGGUUUGAAAUGGGCUGUGGCAUUGGUGGUCUUGCUGCCAAAUGGCAAUACUUUGGGGAUGUUGGCAAGAGAAACCUUUAGAAGCUGCAGAGAUUCUCUGCUCCAACAAUAUGAGGUAAUGUUUUUGUCCUCACAUGCUGACAGCCAUCUCAAACUUUCUCAUGAAAUAGAGGCAGAUGUCUGCAGACAACUAAAUUCAGUGCUUGUAAUGAGGUUGCUAGUUAAUGUAUUGGCUAAGGGUUAAAAGCCAUAUUUUAUAUACUUUAUAAGUAAUUGCCCAUUCUAGAGAAAUGCCAAAAUCAACUUCCCCAAUUUUUUAAUUACUAGACAAUUUAUUUUUAUGACCCAAUUAAGGAUUGAAAUUUAUUCAUGAAAGCUGCCAAUACUGUAUGGUUUGGGACUUUCCACGCUUUUAGUUCUUGUCAUUGCCAUUUUAACUUUUUUUACAAUAUUGUAUAUAUUUUGGGUGUACGUUUAGGAAAGUAAUCUGGAAUGAUAUACACAGAAUGUAGAGUUAACAAACUACUUAGAUGUGACGAUAAAGUGGCAGCUGGCAAUCAGUGUAAAUUUCGCAGUGCAUCUAUCUGAUUUGCAGUCUUGUUUUUUGACUGGAGUUCUGUUUGAAUGUCUUCAAUACUUAAUAUAGAUCACCCUUUUAAAAACAUUUAAGUGGUCUCUGGCUAAAUGCCAAGAGGUGAUGCAAGUGUUGCAUAUAGGCCUGACGUGAGCAAUGAAUUCUGUUUGUUUUGAAUCACUUAUUGAUUGUAAAUCAGCAGCAAGGAGCUCCUUGUAGAGGGCCUGUGAAUGGUUAUUUGGGCUUUCUUGUCAUUCCAGCCUGCCAGAUUAGUUUUGCAUGGUUGUUUCCUGGUUUCUGAAGCACUGUCAUUGCUUCAGGUUCUGUGACCGUUCAGAGUGCAUGUAUUAUCCCAUCUACAUGCAUAACAAUAGAGUACUUGCCUCAACCUGCUACUUUUAUUUAAACUCUUUAUUAGGUCAUCCGUACUGAAGCUUGUGUUGAUAGAGUUACUAAUGCUUUCAAUAAGCAUACUUUAAACUUGGGACCAAUCCAGUCUUAAAAUGGGUGAAACUUAUUGCUGCAAUAAUGUGGCAUUAGAUUAAAGGCUGCUGACUCUGACCCUUGGGCCAUUAGAAGAUGGCUUUAAUUCUCCAAGGAAAGACAGGAAUUCUGGAGGAUCAAUUUCCCUGACCUGGGAAAAGGUACAACAGGCUUUUGCCAGUGCAAAGGCUUAGCUUAAAGGGUUAGGUUUUGAUGCAGGCGAACAAUGCUUUUAAUAAAUCCAGUUGCUUUGUAUUAUUCGGAAGCUAAUAGCGUAUGAUUCCCAAAGUGCUGGCAGCCUCUGGUACUGGAUAUGUGAGCCAAGGUGAUUGGCGAAGAGCAUUCAACCUAGGAAUCUUGUGCUCUUACUGCAUCCACCUGUGGCCUUCCUGCAAGAGUUACUCAUUCCCUAGCCCAGCAGCAUUGGUUAAUUGUAGUUCUCCUACUGCUGGCCCAUUCUAGAUGGGUUAACACAGGUUGCAAGGGAAUGAACAUUAAAUCUGGGAACUUUUUAAGAACUCUGUACCACACUUUUGAUAUUUACCUAUUAAGGUACCAGGGGAGUUUGGGAGAAAAUCACCAGAAAUAAUUGACAAAAUAUAUAACUGGCGUUAUCAGUGGAUACCGUAACAGAUGUGCACUUUUUUUCUUUCAAAUAUUUGUUCAUUCAUCUAGAUACUUGGAAAGAAGAGGGGUAGAAAACCAAAACCUUGAAUAUUUAGUAACAAUUUACCACAAUAUAACUAAGACCAUAUUCCGUAGAUUAUAUUUUUGUAGUUGUUUAGCUUUACAAUCUUUCCUGUUACCGAUCUUCCAGUGCCACUUCCUGCCUCAGCUUAACCUGCUAGCAUUUUGGUAAUGAUUCCAUGAACAAGGAAUAAACCUGUGGUUGCUGCACAGAACUAGGUAAAAUGAGGAAAGAAACUGCCUUUGAAAAGUUGUAUUAUAAACAUUGAAAUUUUGAACAUUAUUGAUCAUCUCAGUAUGAGUUAAGCAAACCCGAAACACUAAAUUAGUGUUAGUUUUCUUUGUAUGCUUUCUCCACUUUCUCAACAUUUUGGUUCCUCGCAGGUGUGUACCAGUUGGCCUCCCACCAAUGGCUUAAGUGGCCAUUUGACCUUUGUCACGGAGUGCCAGGAGAUGAUAUUGAUCAUCAAAAGCAUCCUGUUUGGCCCAAUUCUAUCUGUUCUUGUCCAUACAUGUGUACUUCUAGUAGGAGUUAUUGGAAGUGGGAGUCAGGGUUGACUUUUCUGUCUUAAGCUUGGGAGGUUGACCCAUUUUGUAACAUCCCUCCAGAGACUGGCUAAUAGAUAACUCAGAAGUUGAACUUGACACUUCCUGGUUUGUAUGACACCUUGAAGUGCUGCAUUUACCAACAAAGUAAUUUGGGAAACUUUUAUCCUGUUUGGAAGAAUUCAACAGAAAUCUGCAUCUAGCAGUUUGCACUGCUACAUAAACCUGUCAGGUUUUCAUCCCCUGCAAAGAAUUGAAGUCACUUCUAUUUAUUUGUAACAGGCCACUCUAUAAAAGUUCAUGAAUUCGAUACAAGGGUUUUGGAGAGAUCCAGUAUUUUCCCCACCACCGCCCCUAUCUCCCAGUUCUUGGUAUUGGAACAUUUGAAUUGAAGCUUAGAAAAGUGGAAAUAAAAUGUUUUAUUCUAAGUAACUAUUAAGAAAUGUGUUGCUUGUUGUGUUGUGGAUUAUCAGUGAUGUGGUACAAAGCUUUCCAGAGCUAGUGAAUAAAGUUGAAAUAUGUUACCAA